CGGACGCGAAUUCACACGUUUAAAAUCAGGAAGUGGAUGCAAAGAGGCAAACAAGAGAAACUGAAAAUUCGUUGCACAUCUUAAGAGUGAAUGGUUUCAUUUUAGCAUAAUGUCUCUUGGUUUUGUCCAAUCGAUUUACGGAUUACUGCGUUAAAUGUAAUUCUGCGCGUCGAGGUAGGGGUUUUUGGCUCUAUCACUCAAUGACAUUUUCAAGAUGAACAGUAACGUUAAGUCGGCCCACUCCAGCGCGAUUCGUGCAGAGGUGAAGCGGCACGAAACCCUGAAAAACACCAUCAACAGAUUUUUCAAGCAACUCGAGAGAGUCGGAGAUGAUCAUCUUCGAUCGGGCCUCAGGUUGUAUCUCCAGAGCAUCCAAGGCUCCUGUGCUCUCAGCCAGGAGUGGACGCUGAGUCGCUCUGUGCCGGAGCUGCAUCUGGGGGUUCUGGGUAGUCUACCCAGUGGAAAGUCUGCUCUGGUCCACAAAUUCAUCACUGGGAGCUACCUUCCUAUGGAGAACCAGGAAGGGGGCAGGUAUAAGAAGGAGGUGCUGGCAGAAGGUCAGGGUCACCUGCUGCUGAUCAGAGAGGAGACCAAGCUCCCAGAUGUGCAGUUCUGCGGCUGGGUGGAUGCGGUCAUCAUUGUGUUCAGUCUGGAGAAUGAGGCCAGCUUCCAGGAAGUCUACAACUACUACAGCCGGCUCUGUGCUCAGCGCAACGUCAGCGAGCCUCCUCUUCCUCUGAUCGUGGUGGGAACCCAGGAUAAGAUCAGCAGCACUAACCCGCGCGUGAUUGACGAUGCUCGCGCUCGGCAGCUCUGCACGGACGUGCGGCGGUGCUCCUACUAUGAGACCUGCGCCACCUACGGGCUGAACGUGGAGCGCGUCUUCACCGAGGCUGCCCAGAAGAUGGCGCAGGUAAAGAGGCAGUUAGCCCUUGCAGCCCCCUGUAAAUCCCUCCCAAACUCCCCUGCCCACUCUGGAGCCUCCACCCCAGUGUCCGGAACCUUCACUGGACAGGCCAGUAAUGGAGCCCAGAGCAGUGACUGCUCCUCCUCUCUCCCCUCCACGCCCGUGGUCAGCCGUAAGGAGCUGGGCAGGGGGGGCGCCACGGCGGAUGGGGGAGGGAGUGCCACCCCAGCCCCCCUGCGAAACGUGCCCCGCAGACGCACCUCCCUCUUCGCAAACCGCAGGGCAAGCGACUCGGAGAAACGGGUCACGGAAAGCAAGGUGGACCCUGCUAUCGCGAGGGGGAACCCCAUUAAACAGGGCAUUCUGUGGAAGAAGAGUGGGAGCUCGCUCAAUAAGGAGUGGAAGAAGAAGUUUGCGACGCUGUCGAGCAACGGGAUGCUGUGCUACCACUCCAGUGUCAACGACUACACGCAGAACGUCCACGGGAAGGAGAUGGACCUGCUGCGGGUGACGGUGAAGGUGCCGGGGAAGCGGCCGCCUCUAGCCGUCAUUUCCUGCGCCGCCUCGCCCGGCCUCAACGGGCUGGUGAAGGACCCGCAAGCACCCGAGGGGGGCGUCGGGGCUCCUGCUCCUCCUCUUCCUGCUCUCCUCCCCGUGGAUGAGGGGGGCAAGUCCACCCUAUCUCCGCAGGGCGGGGAUAAGAAGCUGAAGCGCUGUCCCUCUACGCUGUCCAAUAAGGCGCAGAUCAUGGAUUCUGCUGCCGAGGCAACGGCCGGCCCUGCUGGCAGAGACCGCACCCUCUCCUCCCCGACAGCCGAGAGGAAGAAGCACAGGAGGAAGAAGAGCAUGAAUCAGAAAGGCGAUCUCGCCAUUGGGCAGGCAGAGGCCAAGCGCAAAAUGUGGAAGUUGAAAAACUUUGGUAGUUUGAGAAACAUUUACAAGACAGAGGAGGAGAACACAGACUUCAUCAUGGUGUCCAGCACAGGGCAGACGUGGCACUUUGAGGCCCCGAGCCUGGAGGAGCGCGACGCCUGGGUCCAGGCCAUCGAGAGCCAGAUCCUGGCCAGCCUGCAGUCCUGCGAGAGCAGCAGAAACAAGGCGCGGAGUAACAGUCAGAAUGAUGCAGUAGCCCUACAGGCGAUCCGUAAUGCCAGGGGCAACAACCAGUGUGUGGACUGCGGAGCACCCAACCCGACGUGGGCCAGCCUGAACCUGGGGGCGCUGAUCUGCAUCGAGUGCUCGGGGAUCCACCGCAACCUGGGGACACACCUGUCGCGCGUGCGCUCGCUGGACCUGGACGACUGGCCGCGCGAGCUCACCCUGGUCCUCAGCGCCAUUGGCAACCACACCGCCAACAGCGUGUGGGAGAGCUGCACACAGGGCCGGCAGAAGCCCCGCCCCGACGCCACACGAGAGGAGCGGGAGACCUGGAUCCGGGCGAAGUACGAGCAGAAGCUGUUUGUGGCUCCGUUGCCGAGUGCGGGGGGGAGCCUGUCCUCCCGUCUGCUCUCCUGCGUGACCCACAGGGACCUCCCCACACUGCUCCUCCUGCUGGCCCACUGCACCAAGGAGGACAUCAAUGCCCCCCCCACGCUGGUCUCCCCCCCGACGCCCACCCCCGGCUCCGGCCCCGGCCUGCCCCGGCCCGCCCUGCACACCGCCUGCCUGCACGGCGACGUGGUCAUGACCCAGCUACUGGUCUGGUAUGGGAGCGAUGUGAAGGCGCGUGAUUCUCUGGGACAGACGGCCCUCGUCCUGGCCCGACACACGGGCAGCCAGGAGUGUGUCGACAUCCUGCUGCAGCACGGCUGUCCCAACGAUGCCCCCCCCGCCAUCUCCACACCUGGGCUGCUCCGGAAGAACAGCACCACCAGCCUGAGCCGCGGCAACUCCAGGAGAGGGGUGUCCUAAUUUCCCCAGGCCAAAGGGUAACAUGCGCCCACUCCCCCAUACAUUGCAACAGCAGUCAUUUUGUGCAGCGCAGAGGAGAUUGAAUUUGCUGCUGUCCGAAAUGUGAAUGAACCCCUGCACUUCUCAGUCUUAACCUCAAUCUUGUGUGCAUCUGUGCCUUUGUGCAGAUGUGGAUUUUUCAAAUGUUUUUUUAAAUCUUGAGACUCUUGGAUUCAAACUGAACCAACAACAGGGAGAGACUGAAAACAAGACUCUUAAAACUAAAGAAAAGACUUGACUAAACUUACAAAUGAAAAUAAUGGAGACAUUUCAACAGAGUAAAAGCAAUAGAUGUUUCCUCUCAUUGUGGUUUGACAUUUUGUGGCUGUCGGGUCACCAUAGAGUAAUUUUUUUUUUUGGCAAAGCUGAUGCAUCGCAUUGAAGAAAUUACUGAAUAUUCAAAAGAUUCAAAGCACAAACAAAAGAUGCAUCACCAGACAAGGCAGCGUGUUUUGGCCCUGUGAUCUCACUUCCUCCUCGCGACCAAGGGACUCACAGAGCAUGCUCACUGGACUGCAUCUCACCUUCAGCACAUGCGUUAGCUCUCUUCCUUUCACACUGGUCCCGAGCAAAGGUUCACUUCAACCAUUCAACAGCGUGGAUUCCAGCCAGUACAUGCAAGCAUCAACAGAGGAACAUUUUUGGAUCAGUUUUGUAUAGAUUCACUUCCACAGAAAGAGGGAGAAAGUUCUGGAAUGGGGACUGAAAACUUCAGCAUUAGCUUUCAUCCUAAAGCAGUCAGCACAGUGUAACAGGAGUGUGUGACUGAUAUGUUCAGGAGGCCCUCAGGGUCAUCUAGCCCCCAGCACAUAAUGUGCUCUAUCCCUCUAUAUUCUCACCCGAGUUCAAUCAUAAACAGUUGAGGGGGUUUUUUAAUUCCGUUUUGUAGACAAUUUUGGUAUUACAAAUUAAAUUUUGUUUAACAAUUGAA